CAUUGUUUCAAGUUGCAGUCGCUGGCGCUGAUAACGCGCGAUAUCAUUUAACGCUUACGUUAUUGUUAAUUUGGCAUAACACCAAACGCAGACGUAGCGACACGGAGAACGUAUUGCCGCUAAAAAUAGUUGUUGCCUAAUCUGAAUCCUUGCAGGUCGGCUGUCCCCACAGUUUACAUUGCGGCCGCGCAGGCUCUGUGCCGUUUUGUUAUUUUUUCUCAUUCGGAUCCCGCAGAGCUUUCUAUUUCUGCAUUUGCGCUUUAGGUUUUAAUCCCAGUUAUCUGGGAAUAAACAUUUCGGUGCUCCGAUGUCGAUAAGAACAUUUUCAGAUGUGUAUAUCAUCAGACAAAGAAAAUGUUUUGGAUCACCAUGCGUAACGUAGUGGGCCGAUGGAAUAUGCUGUGAACGAAUUCAACAAAAUUGUGUAAUAUCUUGUGUUAACCUAUCGCGACUGUAAAGGCAAAAGUCGCACGCAAAACAACGAACGCUACACAGCAUGAUACUAAAAAAACCAAAUCAUACAAUACGAAACGUUACCUCGAUUAAAUCUUAACGGAUCCACAUUUAAGAGUGAGCCAGCAUUGUUACAAAUUUUAAGGUUAAGAUGUAAGAUUUAUUCAAGAAGUAUAUUAUCAUGUAUUUGCAGAUAUGCCAGCGCUUUAUUUGCGCUUAGAUAAUGCGAUAGUUUAUCCGGGUGAAGCUUUGACAGGCCAAGCAAUCUAUACUUUCACUCCGAAAACCCGUAUAAGAAAGAUAACAAUAUGCUUCGUCGGAAAGGAAAGAAUGGUCGUGAAAACUGGCAAAUUUAGGUGCGUCAAGGAAAACAAAUUUUUGAAAAUCAAACACUACGCGUUUGAUGGCGUGAACCAACCGAUGGAUCAAACAGAGUUCCCUUUCGAAUUUAUCGUUCCGCAAGAUCAGCCUACCACUUUUAAAAGCACCGUUGGGUUUAUUAAAUAUAAAGUUACGGCAGUAGUCGACAGGAUAUUGGCUAGAGACCACAAAGCUGAACUGGAAGUGACUGUGAUAUCGCCGCUGGAUCUCAUUAGAUCGCCACGUUCACAUCCUCCGGUGAACGGGGACAUCCAAAAUGAAAUCGGUUUGCUCAGUUGCGAAAAAGGGCCGAUUUUUUUCGAAAUGAAGCUGGUGAAGGCAAAGUAUAUUUAUAGUGAACCGAUCCGAAUCAAUCUUUACUGUAAAAAUAAGUCUGAUUCCGUUAUAUCGGAAAUGCGCACCAAGUUAAGACUGAUAAUAAAAUACUUAGUAGAGAGAGAGAGCGACAUCGUAGAAAAAAAGGAGAAACAAAGUGUGGUUUCGUGGAACCAAAAUGGUAUCGAUGCUCACGGCCAUCAACGUUUAGCGUUGCUUUUAAAAUUUCCAGACAAUUUCGCGAUAAACAACUUUGAUCAGUGCUCAUCGUUCAGUCAGCUAUUUAAAAUAGAUGCAUUGGCGAUAAUGCAUGGAUCAAGACUCGACUUGAAAUUGCGUGCUAAAUGUCAUUUGGGGAAUAUAUCUUACACGCACGAUUCGUGUCAAGGCCCGACCGUGUGCGUGCGGUCCGACAAUUCUUUAAUGGCCGGCCCUUCUUUCAAAGUAUCUCACUAUGGAGCGUCCACUAGAACGGAACCGUACCAUGAAACUCGACCUUCUGCGCCUCCGUUUGCCGAAGUAAAUCAUCCGCCACUAAGUAUGGGUCCUCCACCAUACGAAGAAGCCAUAAAACACAUCAACCGCUUAAACUUAACGUAAGUUUUAUCGAAGGAAUAGGCGUUACAUUACUUUGAACUUUUUUUAAUUAGAUCGGUUUUUGUAUAUUUUUUUUAUAAAUAAAAAG